ACACACACUCUCACACACAGCGCAUCCUCCAGCCCCGUCCCCUGCCCGCCAGCUCCGCGCCAGAGGGGCAGGGCGCUGACACCGCGGGAGGCAGUGCCGGGACCCGGAGAGACGGAGCCCGUGGCCAGAGAGGCCGCUGAGCAGGGCCAGGCCGGGCCCUGCCCACAAGGACGCCCAAACCCUUCGCCGGCCCCUGCUCCCCAGAGCCCACCAGGCUCCCCUGCUGGCCCCACCAUGACAUCGGAGUCCACGUCACCCCCGGUUGUGCCCCCGCUCCACUCCCCCAAGUCCCCUGUCUGGCCCACCUUCCCCUUCCACCGGGAGGGCAGCAGAGUCUGGGAACGGGGCGGUGUCCCAUCGCGGGACCUACCCAGUCCUCUGCCCACCAAACGGACCAGGACGUAUUCGGCGACAGCCCGAGCCUCAGCGGGCCCAGUGUUCAAGGGCGUCUGCAAGCAGUUCUCACGCUCACAGGGCCAUGGCUUCAUCACCCCUGAGAACGGGUCGGAGGACAUCUUCGUGCACGUAUCUGACAUCGAGGGGGAGUACGUGCCGGUGGAGGGCGACGAGGUGACCUACAAGAUGUGCCCUAUCCCGCCGAAGAACCAGAAGUUCCAGGCCGUGGAGGUGGUGCUCACCCAGUUGGCCCCCCACACUCCCCACGAGACGUGGUCUGGCCAGGUUGUGGGCUCCUAGGCUGGGUGGGUGGGGAGCCACACGGGGUGGAUGGGCAGCAGCCAGCCCUGUGCCCCCACUGUGCUGGCUAGCCAGUCCCUGGGGCAUGUCCCCGUGUGCGUGUCUGUCUGUGCUUGUGGCUGUGAGCGUGUGCUCCACCCACCCCUGUGGCCCGUGACUGCUGUGUGAGCUGGC